GGGGCAAACCAGCGAGGAUAAAGAAAUAAUUGAAAAUAAAAAGUUCGAAACCCUACUUAACAGCUCUGGCGACUGCGGCGACGAGCAGUUCAGAAGAGAAUCAGCGGCAGUGAACAGAGAGAUCACGGAUAGAAGAAUCAAGCUUCGAAGCGACUAGAACCCCCGCAUAAUCGUAACAAGUGGCUGUAAGGUACCUAUGGAAUCCACUGCUUGGUGACUGUCAAACAGGCUAAACAAAGACUCCUGUACUUAUUUUAAAGAUGGAAGCUAAUAGCUCAACUAUUUCACGAGCUGAAGAGAUAAAAGUGCUGGCUAAUGAAGCUUUUAAAGCGCAUAAAUACAAUCAGGCUAUUGACCUUUAUACGCAAGCAAUUGAAUUAAAUGGUCAGAAUGCUGUUUACUGGGCAAACCGUGCUUUUGCGCACACUAAACUGGAGGAGUAUGGUAGCGCAAUUGAAGAUGCUUCAAAAGCUAUCGAAAUCGAUCCCCAAUACUCAAAGGGCUAUUACAGGCGGGGUGCUGGUUAUUUAGCUUUGGGGAAAUUCAAAGAAGCACUGAAGGAUUUCCAACAGGUCAAGAAAAUCCGUCCAAAUGAUCCUGAUGCUAGCAAGAAAUUAAAGGAAUGUGAGAAGGCUGUCAUGAAGCUCAAGUUUGAAGAAGCAAUUGCUGCACCAGUGGCUGAAAGGCGCUCUGUUGCUGAGUCUAUUGACUUCCGAUCCAUUGGGAAGGGCCCCAGUUCAUCAUCUGUGCCCACCCAAGUGGUCAUAGUACCGGUAGCAGUGGCAGUUACCGCAGCAGCUGUGAUGUUGGUGCGAACAGCAAAGCCCGCACUGGUGGUGGGAGUGCUGAUGGUGAUACUGGUUGUGUUAGGAAUUUUAUGGGGUGGCUGGAGUAGUGGUUUAUUUACCAAGAGACCUGUGCUUGACCUAGGUUUGAGCAUAGAGGCUUUAGAAGCUGUAUAAGCGAAUUGCCUGUUGCAUGCAUGGUUUAACUGCUAUUAAGUCCAAGAAGUGGAGCCCAACUACACUGGUGCAAGGAUAGAGGGAGAUACCAUCACAUUGGACUUUGUUAAGAAGAUGAUGGAUGACUUCAAGAAUGAAAAGCGCUUGCAUAGAAGAUAUGCAUUCCAGAUAGUGUUACAAAUCAGAGAAAUGUUGCAAGCUCUACCCUCUCUGGUUGAUAUUGAUGUUCCGGAAGGAAAACAUUUCACUGUUUGUGGUGAUGUACAUGGGCAGUUCUACGAUCUUGUCAACAUUUUCCAGCUAAAUGGACUUCCUUCAGAAGAUAACCCAUAUCUCUUCAACGGUGACUUUGUUGAUAGAGGAUCAUUUUCUGUUGAAGUCAUCCUCACAUUAUUUGCCUUUAAGUGCAUGUGUCCAUCAGCUAUGUAUCUUGCCAGAGGAAAUCACGAAAGUAAGAGUAUGAACAAGAUAUAUGGUUUUGAGGGCGAGGUCCGAGCCAAGUUGAACGAUAAGUUUGUGGAGCUCUUUGCAGAGGUCUUCUGUUGUUUACCAUUGGCUCAUGUAAUCAACGGGAAGGUAUUUGUGGUGCAUGGAGGUCUUUUUAGCGUUGAUGGAGUUAAGCUAUCUGAUAUUAGAGCUAUAGAUAGAUUCUGCGAGCCUCCUGAGGAAGGGCUAAUGUGUGAAUUGCUGUGGAGUGAUCCACAACCUCUCCCAGGAAGGGGUCCUAGUAAACGAGGCGUGGGUCUUUCUUUCGGUGGUGAUGUGACUAAACGAUUUCUUGAGGAAAAUAAGCUAGAUUUGGUCUUGAGAUCUCACGAAGUGAAGGAUGAAGGAUAUGAGGUAGAACAUGAUGGUAAACUUAUUACUGUGUUUUCUGCCCCCAAUUACUGCGAUCAGAUGGGUAACAAGGGUGCUUUCAUUCGAUUCACGGCUCCCGAUAUGAAGCCAGAAAUAAUUACAUUCUCAGCAGUUCCUCACCCUCAAGUGAAGCCCAUGGCAUAUGCAAACAACUUUAUGGGACUUUUCUCAUAAUCUACAACAGACCAGACAGCCGCUGGUGAAAAAACUGGAGUAGGUCUGAAAUGGCAGCAGCGUAUGGGCAGACAGACGGCGGAGGCAGAAAGAAAUUCAGCUUCUUUGUUGGUUAGCAUAUUCUUUGGACACCACGCCUUCUGUUUCUGUGAUUCUGUUAUGGGCAUUUUGGAACGCGGGGGCAAACUUUCUGCACCUGCUUGUUCGCAAUGGCCAUUUGCUAAAGAACUUGUUUCUUUUGGUCAUGGAUUUUGAUGUCUUAUCUGCAUCGGGAAAACUAGUUGUUAGGCGGGAGACAGAUACCUGUCAUCAAUGCCGGUGUUCAUGUGAAAAUAGAUUCUGACGUUUGCAAUGGCUUAACCUGUCUGGGCAAGUUACAGA